UGUCCUCUGACCCCUGACCGGUGACCUGGUUUGGACUCUGUACAGGCGAUGUCCCUGCGAGCAGACGCAGCCCAGUGUGGAGGGGUGGUGGUGGAGUUUGAGUCUGAUGACAUCAGGGAGGCUCGGGCCAGGAAGGCCAGGAGUACAUCAGGGUCAGCCCUCAUCUACCUCAGGGGCCCUAAAUUCCUGAUCUACGUCAGUGGGGCACUGUCCAUGUGGGGUGACCGUAUGUGGCACUUUGCCAUUUCGGUGUUCCUGAUCGAGCUGUAUGGACGUAACCUGCUGCUGACCGCAAUAUUCGGCUUGGUGGUGGCGGGGUCAGUGCUGCUGCUAGGGGCGUUGAUUGGGGACUGGGUUGACCGCAACCCCAGGAACAAAGUGGCGCAUGCAUCGUUGUUGGUUCAGAACAUUUCAGUGACGGUGUGUAGCAUUGUGCUGAUGUUGGUCUUCUUAUAUAAACAGUGGAUUGAGAGCAUUUGGGAUGGCUGGUUAACUGUGGUUUGUUAUACGGUGGUGAUCGUCCUGGCAGAUGUGGCUAACCUAGCAAGCACAGCGCUGACCAUCGCCAUCCAGAGGGACUGGAUUGUGGUUAUCACUGGAUACAACCGGGGUCACCUCGCCGGGAUGAAUGCUACCAUGCGGCGCAUCGAUCAGGUGACCAACAUCCUGGCACCGCUGGCGGUGGGACAGGUCAUGACCCUGGCCUCCAACGUGAUUGGCUGCGGCUUCAUCCUGGGCUGGAACCUGGUGUCCCUCAUAGUGGAGUUUAUCUUCCUUUCCCGGGUCUACCGCAUUGUCCCAGCGCUGUCCGUCAAACCCCCCGUGCCCGAGGACGGCCAGGCCUCCCUGGAGAGACCAGCAGAGAGGACGGAGGGACUGGUGGAGAGGAGGGGGUCACAAGUAGAGCAAAGUGAGGUGGUGACAUCAGCCCCGGGCCUCAGUGAUGACGACAUGAGCCUGAACCUCAAGGAGAUCACCAAUCUGCCUCUGUGUUUCGGACGUUUCCGCUGGCUGCUGAGCACCUGUAAGGACGGCUGGAGGGCCUACUACCGCCAGGAUGUCUUCCUGGCUGGGAUGGGCCUGGCCUUCCUCUACACAACUGUCCUGGGCUUCGACUGCAUCACCACGGGCUACGCCUACACCCAGGGCAUCAGUGGCUCCCUGCUCAGUCUGCUGAUGGGGGUCUCGGCUAUAACAGGCCUCAUGGGCACCGUCAUGUUCACCAAGCUGAGGAAGGCCUACGGUUUAGUCAACACAGGCAUCAUCUCCAGCUGUCUCCAUCUUUGCUGUCUGCUGCUGUGUGUGUGUUCUGUGUUCGCCCCCGGCAGCCCUAUGGACCUCCGCCUGCUCAUGCCCUUCCUGGACGCCAACGCCAACUCGACGUUGGUGGAGGCCGGGGGGAUGGUGGAGGGCCAGAGGCAGAAACACACCUACCCGAUGCGGGGUGGCAUUAAUCAGCCGCUGCUGCCCGACCGCUCGUCCAUCCACUGGACCAACAACACGGUGCUGUUUGAGAAUAUGCCAUCAGGCAUGGAGCCAGACUCCUACAUCUCUAUAAUCCUGCUGUUCUUGGGGGUCAUCACAGCACGCAUCGGUCUGUGGUCCUUUGACCUGACCGUGACCCAGCUGCUUCAGGAGAACAUCUGUGAGUCGGAACGUGGUGUGGUCAACGGGGUCCAGAGCUCCAUGAACUACCUGAUGGACCUUCUCCACUUCAUCAUGGUCAUCUCUGCUCCGCAGCCCCAGCACUUUGGCAUCCUGGUCAUCAUCUCUGUACUGUUCAUCACCACGGGACACACCAUGUACUUCCUAUAUGCACGCAAAGCCAAGAGAAAACCUGCUGGACGCCUGGACACGUAGGGAGGCCGUGCGGCUUUCCGCGACAAAGCAUGUGCCCAAAGACUCCACUCUGCCUGCGCCUGCCUGUGAAAUGAAUGUCUCUUCUCUCUUUUUCCCUCUGCGCUCUCAUUGCUAGGCAACAAUACAAUACCGUAACACACCUUCACCCCCAUCCAGCCAUUCAUUCAUUUCAGCAAGUGUCGUGUCCUCCCCAACCUGGUUGCUAUCUCCCUGCAUGGCCAGGUGUAGUAUGGCCAAGUGCUAAGGUACAGGAACAAACUAGAACUCAGGUUAACUAGAGUAGGAUCCACCUUUCCCUUCUGUACAUAGGUUGAUGUGGUCUCAACAGAUGCGGUGUUGGUCCCCUACCGUGGAAGGUUAUCUCACCUCUGUGUUGGUCCCUCACCGUAGUAGGUUCUCCCACCUCAGUAUUGGUCCCUCACCGUAGUAGGUUCUCUCACCUCAGUGUUGAUCCCUCACUGUGGUAGGUUCUCUCACCUCAGUGUUGGUCCCUCACCGUGGUAGGUUCUCCCACCUCAGUGUUGGUCUCCCACCGUAGUAGGUUCUCUCACCUCAGUGUUGAUCCCUCACCGUAGUAGGUUCUCUCACCUCAGUGUUGGUCCCUCACCGUGGUAGGUUCUCUCACCUCAGUGUUGGUCUCCCACCGUAGUAGGUUCUCUCACCUCAGUGUUGGUCCCUCACCGUAGUAGGUUCUCUCACCUCAGUGUUGGUCCCUCACCGUGGUAGGUUCUCCUACCUCAGUGUUGGUCCCUCACCGUGGUAGGUUCUCUCACCUCAGUGUUGGUCCCUCACCGUGGUAGGUUCUCCUACCUCAGUGUUGGUCCCUCACCGUGGUAGGUUCUCCCACCUCAGUGUUGGUCUCCCACCGUAGUAGGUUCUCUCACCUCAGUGUUGGUCUCCCACCGUGGUAGGUUCUCUCACCUCAGUGUUGGUCCCUCACCGUGGUAGGUUCUCCUACCUCAGUGUUGGUCUCCCACCGUAGUAGGUUCUCUCACCUCAGUGUUGGUCUCCCACCGUAGUAGGUUCUCCCACCUCAGUGUUGGUCCCUCACCGUGGUAGGUUCUCUCACCUCAGUGUUGGUCUCCCACCGUAGUAGGUUCUCUCACCUCAGUGUUGGUCCCUCACCAUGGUAGGUUCUCCUACCUCAGUAUUGGUCUCCCACCGUAGUAGGUUCUCCCACCUCAGUGUUGGUCCCUCACCGUGGUAGGUUCUCCUACCUCAGUGUUGGUCCCUCACCGUGGUAGGUUCUCCUACCUCAGUAUUGGUCUCCCACCGUAGUAGGUUCUCCCACCUCAGUGUUGGUCCCUCACCGUGGUAGGUUCUCUCACCUCAGUGUUGGUCUCCCACCGUAGUAGGUUCUCUCACCUCAGUGUUGGUCCCUCACCGUAGUAGGUUCUCCUACCUCAGUAUUGGUCUCCCACCGUAGUAGGUUCUCUCACCUCAGUGUUGGUCCCUCACCAUGGUAGGUUCUCCUACCUCAGUAUUGGUCUCCCACCGUAGUAGGUUCUCCCACCUCAGUGUUGGUCCCUCACCGUGGUAGGUUCUCCUACCUCAGUAUUGGUCUCCCACCGUAGUAGGUUCUCCCACCUCAGUGUUGGUCCCUCACCGUAGUAGGUUCUCUCACCUCAGUGUUGGUCCCUCACCAUGGUAGGUUCUCCUACCUCAGUAUUGGUCUCCCACCGUAGUAGGUUCUCUCACCUCAGUGUUGGUCCCUCACCAUGGUAGGUUCUCCUACCUCAGUAUUGGUCUCCCACCGUAGUAGGUUCUCCCACCUCAGUGUUGGUCCCUCACCGUGGUAGGUUCUCUCACCUCAGUGUUGGUCUCCCACCGUAGUAGGUUCUCUCACCUCAGUGUUGGUCCCUCACCAUGGUAGGUUCUCCUACCUCAGUAUUGGUCUCCCACCGUAGUAGGUUCUCCCACCUCAGGAAAAGGGCACAGAGGGCAGGCUGAGGCAGCAGCAGCAGCAGAAGACGCCUUUCCAGCAAUUUUUGGAUUACUGCAAGAGCUUCAUUAUGGCAGUCUGUUAACCUACUCAGAGUUUGGAUGGGAGUUGGAUGGAUGGAUGGAUUGAUGUAUUUUUCUAACCUUCACACAGGAAAGAACUGGGCAUGGUGAAGCAGGUGACAGUAACAAAAAGAAGAAGAAAUGAGACUUAACAACUUUAACAAGUGGCAAACAUGUUACUGCUCCGUCCACUUGGAAAUAAUCCAGGAAGUCCAAAAGGAAAACUAAAGGGAAGUUGGUGUCAGAUUGUGAGAUAUUGAAGAUUAUAAAGGAGCCCCCCUUGAUGGACAGAAGAGGAAGGCUGUAGUGUCAUCUUCUCCUGGUCUGUUUCUCUGUGGAUGAAUCAGGCAGACAUGUGCCUAGCUUUCAAAUCAAUCACUAAGACGCAUUUCAGUGUCUAUUGAUUAACACAUUAUAUCAUUAAAAAUAUAUAUAAUUUUAACCGGAUCACAGGAACAUAUCAUAAGAACAUAAAGAUAGUAAGAAAAAAAAAACAUGCAUUGAAAUCAGAGGAAACCAAAAUGACCAUAAUUGCUUGUAUACUUAGAUAACUGAAAAUAGCUUCCAAAUUGUAAAUGCUUUUCCUUCACAUAGAAACAGAGUGAUAUUAAUGCAGUUUGACAAAUUUAUAGCAAACAGAUUUUUACUUCCUCUUUCAUUUUGUGACCUGUUUUGAGAUCAGUGUUUAGUAGAUUGAUAGGUCUAUAUGAUUCUGGAUUAAGGCAGUGUUGUAUUACACUAGAACACCUACGCAUCCUGUUUCCUUGUUGUUCUCAUGAACUAAAACCUUACCUCAGUACAGUACAAGAAAUCUGUGUUUGAAAAACUAACUUGGACAUGUCUCUCAGCUAUGUACGGCCAUCUCCUUUCUGUACAGUGGCAAUACCAUCAAAGUUGAACUCGUUGUCAUGCAAACAGCACCACAUUACAAUUUAAUUGUUUUUAUAUCAUAUUUUCCUGUGACGUAUUGUUCACUUACAUCUAUAAUUUGUUGUCCUUUUCUGUUUCAGACUGUUAUUUAUGAUGACAAUAAACACGGAUUAAGAUGU